ACGUUGGCGAUCCGUGUGGAGCCUAAACGAACCAAUCAAAUUUCUCACCUCUACUCUAUAUAAGCAGAAUCCAAAGAAUGGAAAAAAAACAUCGCCAAAUCAAAAUUUAAAUUCCGUAUACCACAGCUCUUCCUUCUUUUCAAUCAUCAAGAUGCCUUCACCAACAGCAACAAAAUCCGUUGGUGGGAGAGGAAAAGCCCAAAAAGUUCCAAAAUCCGUAUCCAGAUCUCAAAAGGCAGGUCUCCAGUUCCCUGUUGGUCGAAUUGCUCGUUUUUUGAAAAAAGGUCGUUACGCUCAACGAGUUGGCUCUGGUUCACCUGUUUAUCUCUCUGCUGUUCUUGAGUAUCUGGCUGCUGAGUUAUUGGAACUAGCUGGAAAUGCCGCGAGGGAUAACAAGAAGAACAGGAUUGUUCCGAGGCAUAUACAACUUGCUGUGAGGAAUGAUGAGGAAUUGAGCAAGUUGUUGAGAUCUGCUACCAUUGCUAAUGGUGGAGUUUUGCCAAAUAUUCAUCAGAAUUUGCUUCCUAAAAAGAUCGUCAAAGGGAAAGAAAGCGGCUCUGUUUCGCAGGAAUUUUAGAUGUCUAGGUGUUGGCUCGGGGAUUUUGAUUUUAGGGUAAAUUUAGUGGGGAUUUGUUAAAAGUGUUUUAUGUUACUAAUGGCAAGUUUGUUUCUUAUUAUCUUUUGAUGAAAAAUGUGGAUGUUACUGAAGAUAGAUUAAUGGAUUUCUUAUGAUUGUUAGAAGAA